CAGGAACACUCUUUUGGAAAAUGGGUUGCGCCACCACCCCAUCCAACCCUCUUUCUCUUCUGUUACUUGUCCUUUUCCUCAGUGUGUUUUGGCACCCCGUCCAAGCCCGUCCACCGUUCGCAUGCGACCCGCGAGACCCAAUGACAAAGAACUUCCCAUUUUGCCGGACAAAUUUGCCAAUACCUGAUAGAGUUAGGGACUUGAUAGGACGGUUGACAUUGCAAGAAAAGGUAGGGCUGUUGGUGAACAAAGCUGCAGAUGUGCCAAGGCUGGGGAUCAGAGGUUACGAAUGGUGGUCGGAGGCUCUUCAUGGGGUCUCCGACGUGGGUCCGGGAACCAAGUUCGGUGGUGACUUCCCCGGGGCCACCAGCUUCCCACAAGUCAUCUCCACCGCCGCUUCUUUCAAUGCAUCCUUGUGGGAGGAAAUCGGACUGGUGGUUUCCGAUGAAGCGAGAGCAAUGUAUAACGGAGGGAUGGGCGGUCUGACAUAUUGGAGCCCAAACGUGAACAUAUUUCGAGACCCAAGGUGGGGCCGGGGACAGGAGACUCCCGGUGAAGAUCCAAUUUUAGCCGCUAAAUAUGCAGCAAGCUACGUGAAAGGUCUACAGGGAAAUGCCGGUGAGCGGUUGAAGGUUGCGGCGUGUUGUAAGCAUUACACUGCGUACGAUUUGGAUAAUUGGAGUGGGGUCGAUCGAUUCCACUUUAAUGCUCAGGUAAGCAAGCAGGAUAUAGAAGACACAUUCGAUGUGCCAUUCAGAGAGUGUGUAAUGGAAGGUAAGGUGGCAAGUGUCAUGUGCUCCUACAAUCAAGUCAAUGGCAUCCCCGCCUGUGCAGACCCGAAACUCCUACGCAAUACCAUUCGUGGUGCUUGGCGUCUCAAUGGCUACAUUGUGUCGGAUUGUGAUUCGGUCGGAGUUUUCUAUGAUAAUCAACAUUAUACAUCUACACCUGAAGAAGCAGCUGCAGAUGCAAUUAAAGCAGGUUUAGAUUUGGAUUGUGGGGAUUUCCUGGGGUUACACACAGGAGAUGCUAUAAAGAAAGGGAUAUUGAAUGAGGCUGAUAUUAGUGACGCCUUAGUUAACACUGUUACCGUCCAAAUGAGACUGGGGAUGUUUGACGGAGAAACAUCAUCGCAACUUUUUGGGAACCUAGGUCCGAGGGAUGUGUGCACCCCUGCUCACCAAGAGCUAGCCCUCGAUGCUGCUCGACAAGGGGUCGUUCUUCUUAAAAAUCACGGUCCUUCACUACCUUUGUCCCCCCGACGCCACCGCACAGUUGCUGUCAUUGGGCCUAAUUCAGAUGUCACAGUUACAAUGAUCGGAAACUAUGCAGGAAUAAAAAGGUACGCCAGGACAAUUCACCAACAGGGUUGCACUAAUAUCGCUUGCACUGGUGAUCAACUCUUUGAUGGAGCCAUUGACGCUGCACAUCAAGCGGACGCAACAGUACUAGUGAUGGGACUCGACCAAUCUAUAGAGGCAGAGUUCAGAGAUAGAGCGGGACUCAUCCUACCUGGGCGCCAACAAGAGCUUGUAUCUAAGAUCGCUAUGGCCUCGAGAGGUCCAACCAUAUUGGUGUUGAUGUGUGGAGGACCUGUUGAUGUGUCAUUUGCCAAAAAUGAUCCACGGAUAUCUGCCAUUCUAUGGGUUGGAUACCCUGGCCAAGCUGGAGGAGCUGCUAUUGCUGAUGUUCUAUUUGGAGCACAUAAUCCAGGAGGGAAGCUGCCCAUGACAUGGUACCCUCAAGAGUACCUUGCUAGCGUACCUAUGACGACAAUGGAUAUGCGAUCAAACCCCUCAAAAGACUAUCCAGGCAGGACCUACCGCUUCUACAAAGGCCCGGUGGUGUACCCAUUUGGGCAUGGAAUGAGCUACACAAACUUUGUCCAUACUAUUGUUGAUGCCCCCACCACUGUCGUAGUUCCAAUUGACGGUCAUCAUCGUCCCAACACAACCAUCUCAGGCAAGGCAAUUAGAGUGACACAUGCAAAAUGUAAUGGACUCUCAAUUGCUGUACAUGUGGAUGUGAAGAAUGUGGGCUCUAAGGAUGGUUCUCACACACUGCUAGUGUUUUCAACACCGCCUGCCAGACACUGGGCACCACACAAACAAUUGGUUGCCUUUGAGAAAGUGAGUGUAGCCGCCAGGGCACAGCAACGAGUUCAUAUCAACAUUCAUGUGUGCAAGUACCUUAGUGUUGUCGAUAGAUCGGGAAUUCGAAGAAUUCCUAUGGGUGAACAUAGUCUCCAUUUUGGAAUUGUCAAGCAUUCAAUCACUCUUCAACCAGCCACGCUCGGGGUGAUUAAGUCCUAAUUUUCUCCUGACUCGUGCACUGGUAUUCUUCUUCAAAACAAAAACCUCAGCAAAAUCAAAUAAGAAAAUUUAAGGUAAACCAAUACGUUUGAGAAUGCUUCUUCCGUUGUGCUUUUCAUGGCCUAAAAAUGGCCCAAUUGUACUUCAUUUUAAGCCAUUCCUUGCGAUUGAUUGAAAACUGUGGAUUGCUUUUCCAAUGCCCCUGGGCUUAUUCUAUUAAAU